CCCUUCAUUAAAUACAACACGCCCAAACCCCACAAAAUCACUCCAAAGCCUCACUCUGUCACCCACUCUCACUCGUAGUGUAGCUCGAGAGUUUACGAGCAAGCAGCCAAGAGAAGCACAAGCAAUGGCGACGGCGGCGGCUCUCGUGGCCACGCUCCUCCUCCUCGCGGGUGGCGCGUCGGCGGCGACGCUGGCGCUGUACAACAAGUGCGGGGAGACGGUGUGGCCGGGCAUCCAGCCGGGCGCCGGGAAGGAGAUCCUGGCCCGCGGCGGCUUCCAACUCGCCCCGAACCGCGCCACAUCGAUCCGGCUCCCCACGGGGUGGUCGGGCCGCGUGUGGGGACGUCAGGGCUGCCGCUUCGACUCCGCCGGGCGCGGCAAGUGCGCGACGGGCGACUGCGGCGGCGCGCUCUACUGCAACGGAGCCGGCGGAACCCCUCCCGCCACGCUGGCGGAGAUCACGCUGGCGGCGACCCCCACGGCGCUGGACUUCUACGACGUGAGCCUGGUGGACGGCUACAACGUGGCCAUCGCCAUGGCGCCGUACCACGGCUCCGGCGCCAACUGCCGCGCCGCCGGCUGCGUCAGCGACCUCAACAGCGUCUGCCCGGCCGGCCUGGCGGUGCGCGGUGGGAACAAGGUGGUGGGGUGCCGCAGCGCGUGCGCGGCCUACGGGAACGCCGAGUACUGCUGCACGGGGCAGUUCGGCGGGCCGCAGCAGUGCAAGCCGACGAACUACUCGAGGCUGUUCAAGCGGGCCUGCCCCAAGGCAUACUCCUACGCGUACGACGACCCGACUUCCAUCCUCACCUGCAGCUCCGGCACCUCCUACGUCGUCACCUUCUGCCCCCACCGCCACUAGGCCCGCCGUGUCGAGUCUUGGAUGCAGCCGUCGUUCCAGACCUAGAGACGCUGGCGUUGUUGCUGUUUGUUCUUGGUUCUUGCUGUCUCGUGGUAAUAACACUAGUAGUACGUGUUAGUAGAAGCGGUGAACUGGUGAUUGGUAUACUGCUCAGUAUGGUAUAAUGGCAAUGUUACAUGUUAGAACCAUGUUCU